AUGGCGCUCUUGGGAUUGUCGCUCCUUGCUGGGGCAGGUGCCUUGUUCGGUUCUGCACUUGGUCAGUUCCCGCCGACUCCUGAAGGGGUAACGGUGGUGGAAUCCAAAAUCAGCCCUGGUGAUUUUACCAUUGAACAGCCUGGACUUUGCGAGACAACCCCAGGAGUCAAGUCGUACUCGGGAUACAUUCACCUUCCUCCCGGAACCCUAGAUGUGUCUGGUGGCCUGCCACAGCCGUACCCGAUCAACACAUUUUUCUGGUUCUUUGAGGCCCGUGAAGAUCCUGAAAAUGCGCCUCUUUCUGUCUGGAUGAAUGGUGGACCUGGAUCUUCCAGUAUGCCUGGGCUUUUCAAUGAGAAUGGGCCCUGUUUCAUCAACCCCGACUCCAAGACGACGAGACUGAACCCGCUUUCGUGGAACAACAAAGUGAACAUGAUCUAUAUAGAUCAGCCGUCUCAGGUCGGGUUCUCGUAUGACGUUCUCAGGAACGUUACCGUGGAUCUUUUCGGUGGAACCAGGACUCUUGCGCCAGGAAGCCCAGUUCCGGCAACCAAUACCACGUUCCGAGUGGGCACACUACCCAGCAACAACCAGAACAGCACGGCAGUUGGAUCAGUCAACGGAGCAAUUGCCCUGUGGCAUUUCUUCCAGAUCUUCCUGUCCGAGUUCCCCGGCUAUCACCCCAAGGAUGACCGUUUCAGCAUUGCAACCCAAUCCUAUGGCGGACGCUACGGGCCUGCCAUGGCUGGUUUCUUCGAUGCGCAGAACGAAAAGAUCCGCAACGGGGAGUUUGACAACAUCCCUGGGCCCAAGAAGAUCAUCAACCUCGACACUCUGCUAUUGGUCAAUGCCUGCAUCGAGCGCAAGGUCCAGUGGCCUUCAUACCCUGAGCAGGCGUUCCGCAACACCUAUGGAAUCGAGACCGUCACCAGGGAGGUUUACGAGUCGAUGACAGCCGCAUUCAAUGCCACGGGCGGCUGUCGCGAGCAGAUUGAGCUCUGCCAAGCCCUCGCCAAGGAGUACGACCCGAUGCAGACGGGAGUGAAUGCGACAGUGAACCGCAUCUGCCAAGCAUCGGAGACGUGGUGCACCAACAACAUCCGUGACCCCUAUAUCGCCACGUCCGGCCGCGACUACUACGAUGUCACCCAGGUCGACCCGACCAUGUUCCCGGACCCCUUCGUCCCCGGCUACCUCAACCAGCGCGAGGUCCAGCUGGCUCUCGGCGUACCUCUCAACUGGACCGGCUCCUCGUCAGCAUCGUCAACAGCUUUCCGCUCCAUCGGCGACUACAACCGCCCGGGCUGGCUCGAAGCCAUGGGCAACCUCCUCGACAAGGGCAAGAAGGUGACGCUCAUGUACGGCGACCGCGAUUUCGCCUGCAACUGGAUGGGUGGCGAGGCUGCCUCUCUCGCCAUCCCGUGGAAGAACCAGGACAAGUUCGCCGAGGCGGGCUAUCAGCCUCUGCGGACCAACUGCACCUACGACGGCGGCUUGGUGCGGCAGUACUCGAACCUGACCUUUGCGCGCGUCUUCCAGGCCGGACACGCCGCACCUUCGUACCAGCAGCAGACGGCCUACCGCAUCUUCAACCGCGCCCUGUUCGACAAGGACGUUGCCGGCGGCCUGGUGGACACGGCCACCACGCCCGACUUUGGCACCAAGGGCCCGGCCAGCGUGCGGGACGUGACCAACGAGAAGCCGCCCCAGUACCCGUACUACUGCUACAUCCUGGACACGAGCAGCUGCACUGAUGUUCAGCUCGCCGCGCUCAGGGCGGGUACGGCCGUCAUCAGGGACUUUAUCAUGGUCGACCCGCCGUACGACCCUGCGGCGCCGAGGUUGGCGGCGAGGGAUGUGCGGGGAAUGCCCACGGUUGAUCCGGACCAGCGGUUCUACUAG